CCAACUUAUAAUGCCAAAACUACCUUGCAAUUGCAUUUACAUUCUUCGUUGUAUUUUGAGCAAAUGUUCUGAAAAUCGGAUCAGACUGGCCGAUCAAACUGACAAAAAAAUGUUUUGGUCCAAUGUGUAAAACCGUCCAAACAAAAGCCGUUUGAGAAUUGUUGAACCGGCCGGUUUACAGAAAACAACGUCGUUUUCCUUCCUUGAAAGGGAAAAGGAGAUUGCUGUUUGCACUUUGCACGCGUUAUCGCCCCUUCUCCAGCUCCUUCCUUCAGCAAAUUGCCCUAGCCUCCACCAACUGUUGUCGCCGUCUGUCGGAGUGAGAGACUGCUGCCGCCGUCCGUCGCACUCAAGAACUUACGUCUUCGUGCUCUCGGGCCUCCCGCCGGAUCCGCGUCGUGUGCUCGUAUCUCGCCUCUCUCCUCUGUGCUCGGCUGCUCGCGCCUCCCUCCGCCAGUGAGUGCUCGAGCUGUGGGUGUUGGUUGCUGCUCGUCGUCCGUGAUUGUCUCUGCUCGAUUCUGGCUCCCAGUCUCACUCGAGUCUCGUCUCAGUCACUGGCAUCUCGUGGUUCGUCUGUCUCGUCGCCAGCGGCAGAAGCAACUCGUGGGUUUGUCUCUUGCUUCGUCGCCUUCCGUGGGGUGGUCGCCGACUCGCCGUCGACCGUUGUGACUAAAGUGGUUUGAUGACCGGUCCGAUUUUCAGAACCUUUUUUGAGGGCAUGGACAUGGCGCCUCAACACCCAACAGCGGCGCUCCUCUCUUGUGAACUGGUGAUGGAGAUCCUCUCUUGGGUUCCUGCAAAGCCUCUCACGCGCCUGAAGCUUGUGUGCAAGUCAUGGAACUCCAUCAUCUCCCACCCUCACUUCGUCAAACUUCACCUUCACCGAUCACCCAAAAAUGCCAUCCUCCUCUUUACGCGAACACCAGCGCUCACCCUCAACGAAACCCUCGACGAAAAAGUAAAACAGGGCUUAGUGUUUAGUAGCGUUGAAUCUUUCAUCCAAAAUCCUCCAUCCACUCUUGAUGCUCAAGAGAAUCGCCACUCUCUACACGGACAAGACUGGGUUUCUGGUUCAUGCAACGGCUUGGUUUGUGUGGCCCAUAUUCUUGACCACCCCAACAACGAUAUUAGCGAUAUCUGGUUCCGUUUAUUGAACCCUCUCACAGGGUUUAUUUCAGAAAACUCACCGUGCUUACGUGUCAAUGUGCAUAAUGCUUUUGGGUUUGGGUAUGAUGAGUCAAGUGACAGUUACAAGGUAGUGACUCUCAUUCGGGAUUCUUCUGGAACAGUAACUGCGCAAGUUUAUAGGUUCGGUGGCAGUUCUUGGAAGACGAUUAACAGUUUCCCUGCUUUUCCGUUUUGUGUUGAAGAUAAUGGCCACUUCAUCGGUGGCACUCUUAAUUGGCUAGGUCUCCGUAACCCGCAUGGAGGUCAUUAUGAUUGGGAUGCUGUUACACUUGAUAUGUUAAUGAUUGUUUCUUUUGACCUGAAAUCGGAUACACAUAAACAGAUUCUUCUUCCAAAGGGUAUUGAUGAGAUCCCUGGUGAAGAGCCAACUCUGGGAGUUUGGGGAAAUAGCCUGUAUCUUCUUCAUGAUUACAAGAAAACUCAUUUUAUUGCAUGGCAAAUGAAGGAGUUUGGAGAUGAAAAUUCUUGGACUCAAUUGCUAAAGAUUAGUUUUCACCAUCUUGGUGUUGAAAGGGUAUCACCAGAGUUUAUAUUUGAGAAUGGAAAUAUCUUCAUGUUGAUGAGGCAUCGUUUUGAGUUAGUUUUUUAUGACCGAAGAGAUCAUAGUGUUAAACGCUUUAAGAUCUUUUCCAACAAUGAUUACGUCAAUGCAUUUGAUUAUGUUGAGAGCUUGGUUCAGCCUUGUUAAAAUUCGGUUCCUAUUCAAAGUUUUGCUUCUGCAGCUUUUUGUUCUGUCAGCAAAGUUCAGGUCAUUGUGAUUAUUUUGGGUGUUUCCUUACUUUGGCUACUUCUUGUUGGAUCCAAAUUUGUAGACAGAUCACUUUUAUUUUGACUGCAAACUUUAUAUAUACAAGUGCAUAAAAUUCUAACAUCCUUAUCAUGAC